GCUGCCACUGUCCACGAUGGUCCUCGCAGACCUCGGCCGCAAGCUCAACGCUGCUCUUUCGUCGCUAAACAGGGCACCUAUCGUCGAUGAGAAAGUACUUGACACACUGCUCAAGGAUGUCUGUGCCGCGCUUCUCGAGACAGACGUGAACGUGAAGCUCGUCGCCCAGCUGCGUCAGAAGGUCAAGGCCAAAGUCAAGGCUUCUCUGGAAAGCGGCGCGGAUAAAGGAAAGGAUGUGAACAGGAAAAGCAUCGUGCAGAAAGCGAUCUUCGACGAGUUGGUGCAACUUGUGGAUCCUGGAGUCGAACCCUAUAAGCCUAAGAAGGGCCAAUCAAACGUCAUCAUGGCUGUCGGUCUACAAGGUAACGGCAAGACGACGACAUGUACGAAACUAGCGGUAUAUUACCAGAAGCGAGGAUUCAAGUCAUGUAUUGUUUGUGCGGAUACCUUCCGUGCUGGUGCCUUCGACCAAACCCGACAGUCGGCGACGAAAGCGAAGGUUGCCUACUUUGGCUCAUACACCGAGACGGAUCCGGUAGCUAUUGCGGCGCAGGGUGUUGCGAAGUUCAAGAAGGAGAGGUUUGACGUCAUUAUCGUCGAUACAUCUGGGAGACACAAACAGGAGUCUGAGCUUUUCCAAGAGAUGGUCCAAAUUGGCGAGGCAGUGAAGCCGAAUAUGACUAUCAUGAUUUUGGACGCCAGUAUUGGUCAGGCGGCUGAAGCGCAAGCGCGUGCUUUCAAAGAGAGUUCCAAUUUCGGUGCUAUUAUCGUCACGAAGAUGGAUGGCCAUGCUAAGGGUGGAGGUGCUAUAUCUGCUGUCGCAGUGACGAAGACGCCUAUCAUCUUCUUGGGUGUUGGAGAGCACCUCCAUGACCUCGAGAAGUUCUCGCCACAGCCUUUUAUCUCGAAGUUGCUUGGUCUCGGUGAUGUCCAAGGCCUCAUGGAGCACAUGCAGGACAUUGCAACGCAAAACCCUGACAAGCAGAAAGAGAUUGCAAAGAAGCUCGAAGAGGGCAAGCUCAGCAUCCGUGACUGGCGAGAGCAAAUACAAAACGUGAUGAGCAUGGGACCUAUAUCGAAGAUUGCCUCGAUGAUACCAGGCCUCCCACAAGAGAUAGUCCAGGGCUCAGACGAGGAGGGUUCAAUGCGCAUGAAGCGCAUGAUCUACAUCUCGGACAGCAUGACCGCUGCCGAACUCGACUCAGACGGUUCGCCGUUUAUGGAGUUUGGCAAAGAUGGCAAACCGAUCGGGCUCACAUCGCGCGUUACUCGUGUCGCGCGAGGCAGCGGCACGAGCGUGCGUGAGGUCGAAGAGCUCCUCUGCCAGUACCGCAUGAUGGCAAACAUGGCGAAGCAGGCGGGUGGCAAGAAUGGAUGGCUCCAGGCCGCGCAGAAGAUGCAGCAGGCCGCGGGAGGACGUGGACGAGGUGUUAAUGGUACGCCGACGCCUGCACAGAUCCAGGCGAUGCAGCGUGCGAUGCCACCUGGCAUGCUCCAGCAGCUGCAGCGCACGAUGCGUGGCGGUGGCGGCAUGCAGGAGAUGAUGAAGGCGAUGAUGCAGGGCCAGGGCGGUGACGCUGCUGACAUGGAGGAGAUGCAACGCCUUAUGUCACAAAUGGGCGGCGGCUUAGGCGGUCUCGGCGGCCUUGGUGGCGGAAUGCCCAACAUGGGCGACAUGUUCAAGAUGAUGGGUAUGGGUGGUGGACGGUAACUCAGAAACCCCUCCAGGUGCUGCAUCGUUGUUGUCUUGUAACUGUAGAACACGGGCCAUUCAAUUCUGUAUUGUUCACAAAGACAUUGUGCAUCCAUGGUGCUCAGCCGUGAU